GAGCAGCGUACUCCUGCAGCUGAGCGCGGGCGCUUCUCUCCUGGGGAAGGAAGGCAUCUCAGUCUCAGCCCACAGAAAACAUGUCUGAGGAAACCUCUGAGCCGUCUCCCCACGGAGCCGGUUUUACCGGGCCCCCCACCCCAACCCCCGCCUCUAACAGCACCACCACUGCCCCCCCGGGCUUUCUGACACAGCUGCUGGACGGGAUCCCCCUGCCACUGUGGGCCGUGUACGCCAUUUUGGUUCUGAUCCUGCUGCUGGUCCUGGUCUGUGUUCUGUGCAUCUGUGUGAAAUGCUGCUGCAGUGACAAGAAGAAGAAGCAGAAGAAGAAACCGGAACAGCAGAUGAGCCUGGUCGAUGUGAACGCCGCCCCCUCCCCUGAACUAGUCCAGCCGGAGAUUGAGGACUCGACUGAGGAGCCCAGGGGAAGGCUGCUGUACUCACUGGAGUUCAGUCCACAGAGCGCUGAGGUCACCGUGGGCGUGAUGGAAGCGUCCGGAUUAAAAGCGAUGGACCUCGGGGGAACGUCGGACCCUUAUGUCCGACUCUACAUCCUUCCCAGCAACACCAAGACCUACGAGACCAAAGUGUUCAGGAGCACACUCAACCCAGCGUUCAACGAACAUUUCACAUUCCAGGUCCCUCAGGCGGAGCUGGGCAGGUCCACCCUGGUUCUGCAGGUGUUUGACUUUAACAGGUUCACCAAACACGACAUCAUCGGGGAGCUGCGGCUCCCACUGGGUGAGGUUGACUGGAACCACGUCAUCGAGGAGUGGAGAGAUCUGAGAGAGGCGUCCGCUUUCGAGGAGAGUCUGGGUGAGGUCUGCUUCUCCCUACGCUACGUUCCUGCAGCUAAGAAACUGAGCGUGGUGAUCCUGGAGGCCAGGAACCUGAAGAAAAUGGACCAGAACAGCCUGGCAGAUCCGUAUGUGAAAGUGCAGCUGAUCUUGGGCAAUAGGAAGUGGAAGAAGAAUAAGACUUCAGUGAGGAAGAACACACUGAAUCCCUACUUCAACGAAACGUUUUCCUUCAAUGUGGCGUUUCACCAAAUUCAGCAGGUCCAGCUGGUGGUGGCGGUGUGGGACCACGACAAGAUGAGCCCAAACGAGGCCAUGGGGAAGGUGCUGCUGGGGUGUGGGGCGUCGGGGAACCAGCUGCGGCACUGGGCCGACAUGCUCUCGAACCCGCGCCGACCCGUGGCUCAGUGGCACACGCUGCUGUCCGCGGAGCAGGUGGACUCCAGCCUGCAGCUCAAGCGCUCCCUGGCCAUCCCCUUCAUCAACAAAACCUUCUGA